AUGUCAACCUAUUCGAUGCUCGAGACGAGUUCUACCUUGUCACUAUUAUUGAACAUGUCUAUUCGUGAUCCAUUGGUAUUGCAGGCUCCGAGCAGAACUAAAUAUUAUGAACCGUAUGGUUUUGUUUUGGAUGCUGAUAAUUUAGAUGAUGAUGAUGAUGAUGAGGAUGAAAAACUUGCAUUGAAGAAUGGUAAUACGGAAGGAGUUGAAAAUAAUGCUCGUAAAGAAGAAGAAGAAAAUAAUGAAGAUGAUGAUGAUGAGGAAGAUGAAGAAGGAGAACAGAAAUUAUUUUACAAUAGUCAUUGUUUUAUUGAUCAAUUGCUUUUACGUUCUUUACAAAAUCAAUUUAUUGGAAGAAUGGGAAAUAGAGAUAAACAUCAUGAAUGGAAGUACAAGACAAGGAAUGGAGAGUUGUGUGAUCCAAGUGAAUAUGAUUGUUUCAAAGAUGGCCCACAAUUUCAUGAUAAGUUUGAGGAAUGGAUUGAUGCCUACUCUGAGAAGAAGAGUUGGAUUUUGCAAUUAUUGUUGGAAAUUAGUCUUGGAAGGGAAAUGAUUGAGUAUUUGGGGAUGAGGAAUGUUGGAUUUUGCAUUGUGCAAUAUUUUCACAAAUUGUUCGAACCUGCCAUUCGAACUGUUGAAAAUUGGAAGGAAAAUCCAAAGUCAAUUUUGGAAUUUUCUGAUAUUUUCAAUAGCAAUUUAUAUGAAUUGUUAGAGAUGGCCAUGAAGAAGGAAACAAUUCUCAAGGAUAACAUGUCAGAUUUCUGGUUUCAAAUGGAAACAAUUUCAAAUUCAAUUCCUAGACAAGUUAUUUUGUUUAUUGCUGAAAACUUUUCACAUCUGAAUAUUCGCUUAGGCGAGGGAGAGGAAAUGACAUGCUCUGUGUUUAUAUUCCAAGAACUGAGAAAGUUUGGUAUUUGUGUGGAGAAGCUCCAAUUCUUGGAUAAACGAUCUAAAUUUGGAAACUUUGAAAGAACUAGCUUUCUCAACUCGGUCAUACCAGAAAUUUCCGAUGGGUUUUACUUGCAACACUUUGCUGUAUGGAUUAAGAGCAUUCCUCUAUUAGAAUGGUGUUUGGAUGUAGAUUCAACCCAAAUGAAUCAAACAUUGGCCGAAUGUUUACAAAAACCAAACCAAUCAAUUCUAAAUGUGAAAAUGAAUUCCUAUGCCAAAACCUAUCUUGUUGACAAGCUACCAUUUACUAUUCUACACUAUGCUGUAUCGAUGUGCAAUGUUGAAAUGGUUGAAUUGUUGACCAACAAAUAUUUGGCAAAUCCAGUGUUUGAAACUACAUAUCAUGCAGUGAGUCCUCUCUCUUUAGCUAUAAGAAAUAGUAAGAAUGUUGGAAAGGGAAGAAACAAUGAAGAGGAUGAAAUUAUGAAAAUAUUUUCCAAGCAUUAUCAAAGUGAAAUUGAAAAACAAGGCACCAGUUCAUCUGUGGGAAGUGAAUCCAAAACUUUCGAAACUGAUGGAAGAACGUAUGAGGAAGAUAAUAGUGACCUAGAUGAAGAAUACUAUUCAGAUUAUUCUUAUGAUAUUCCUCCCCAUCAAAAUGUUGUUGUGGAACAAUGGAAUACUAAAAUUUACGAUACUCUUGGAGUCACUGACUUUAGUGACGAUGAGUACGAGGAGGGAUUAGAUUUCAAGCAAUUAGGCCACAUUUUUAAAAACUUGGAAAAUGAAGCAAAUAAUCCCCUCAAAAGAAAGAGAUUUGAUCCAUUGGCAUUCGAAGAUUAUUCACAAAAUUUCAUUGAAAAUAGAUUGAAAAAUACGAUUGCACCUUUUGAAUCCAAUACAUGGGAUUACGACCUCAAGCAGGAGUUUGAAGGAGAGUUGACAGAAAAUAUUCCAGCCAUUAAAAUUCUGCAAGAGAAGGUGUAA